UCAGUGCUGGAUAGCAGAGUCCCUGAGGCUGAACCCUAUCUAACAUUACUUUCAUAAACAUUGGUUGCAUAAAAAGUUAUUGUUAUGCUUUUGAGUCUGACCGAAACUAAGUAUUUUGUUUGUUCAAUAUUUAUUUAAAUAUGAGCGAAGUUAUAGUACUGUUUGAGGGUUAUUCUACUCAAAUUGACGAUGUCACAAUGGAUGCAAAUUGCAGUUGUGUUUUAAUUAAAACAGCUGAAAAACACAAUAUCAUUGUUGAUACUAUGACUGCCUGGGACAAACAGGAUAUUAUUGAUGCUUUAGCCAAGCAUAAUUUAAGUCCUGACGAUAUAAAGUAUGUUAUAUGUUCACACAGUCAUGCAGAUCACAUAGGAAACAACAAUUUAUUUUUGAAAGCAGAAGAACAUAUUGUUGGAUGUACUGUACAUCACAACACACUAUUCCAUGAAAGAAACAUUAAAACUUCUGUUUAUAAUAUUACCAAAGGAGUCAAAGUAAUAUCAACUCCAGGGCAUACAGCAGAAGAUGUUACAGUUUUGGUGGAUGGAAAGUUUAAUGGUGAGACAGCCAGAGUUGCAAUAACAGGUGAUUUAUUUGAAAAAGAAGAAGAUGUGAAUAAACCAUCUAUAUGGAUGAAUUUUGGUAUGCCUGAACUCAGAGAACAUCAAGCAACAUCACGUUAUAUGAUUGCAGAUUUUGCAGAUGUUAUCAUUCCAGGUCAUGGUUCAUUUUUCCACGUUACAAAUGAAAUUAAAAAAAAACUAAUGAAUCAGCUAGAAAUGAUAAAAUGUGGAAUACUUACAGCGUAGUAACUAUAGAUUUAUAAUGAUGAAUACAAUAUGCUGUUAUAAAAAUUGUAGAAAAUUUUAUAUAUAUAUAAACACAUUGGUAAGGUAGAAUAGAAUCUAUUGAAGUGUCUUUUAGAGAAGUAAUUGUGAUAAUUUUGUACUUGUAAAUUCAUAUAAUACUUAUAUAAAUUAUAUACUUUUAUAAUAUAAUACUUUUUCGCUUUGUACAAAGUGACAUUAAAAAACAAAAAAAAAUUAUAAGUUUGAUUCAAAUUUGAUAUAAAUAUUAUCUAAUUUACCAUAAAAUAAAUUCAAGGAUGGUAUUAAAAUAGAAGUAUAAUUAGCUGACAAUGGAUCAGUUGUUUUUAAACUUUAUGACUACUAAAAUUUAACAAUUAUUCUUUUGACUCAGCCCAUAGUGUAAAAUGAAUUUUUUACUAUCACAUUAAUACUAAAUUCAUAUUUUUACAUGAUAUUGAUAGUUUAGAAUUAUAUGUAGAAACUAUCGUGGCAUACUCAAGUUAUAAUUUAAAAUAGAAGAUACAUUAUAUUGCAUAAAACUUUUUUAUUAGAAAAUGUUCAUUGUACAUUAAACAAUUGUGGUAAUGAGUCAAUGAAUGUUCAAUCUUGUAUUUUCACAUGCAAAACUAUAACACUUUUAUCCUUUUCCGAGCGUAAAAAAUCUACAAAAUGACGCGUUGAACGUCAAAAUCGGAUAAAUAGCGUUUGAGUUACUGCAAAACAACCAUUACAGUGAGAAAUAUGUUAAUUAAUUAAUAACUUUUAUAAUUCACAAAAUAUUGAUUUGUAAUGCUGUAUAAACUGAGAUUUUUGAAGAGAUGAAAUUGCGAUCUAAAUUUAAUAAAAUAUUGAAAUUCUUUUUCUAUAAAAGUUAUUGUUAUUAAAAAGGGACGUGCUUGAAAAUUAAUUUCUUGCAAUGUGGGUACGUGUCGUAUAAAUGUCUUCAUUUCCGUGAUCAUGUGUUAAAUUUCAGUUGCUAAAGAUUAGCUUUUCAGUGAAUGCUAUAAAUGAAUAAUUUAAUUAAUUAAUUGAAUGGUGUCCAUUGUAAACGUGAUUAUUAUUAUUGAUCAAUAGCAUCUGAAAGUUAUAAGUUUUUAACGAAUUUACAAAAAAAAUGAUCUCGUAAGUGCAAUAGGACUAAAGAUAGGAUUAUUUUUUUAUUUCCCAGGCCUUUAAUUAUUAAGAUUUUGCAAUGAAGUUUUCAUCGAUGGUUUAAGCGAGAGUUGAACCGUAAAAAAGGAACAAAAUAAGUUUCCAUUAAUAAAAUAUGAAAACUUUAUAAAAUUCAAAGAUACGAA